AUGUCCGCUGCAACUUAUCGAACAAAAAAAUCAUCACCUCCAGGCAGCGGAUUUCCAACCCCUGCACAAAGCCGUGACAGCUCUUCUGAAGUUGGUUCGAUUGUGAGUGAUACAACACGUAAGAAACAUACCAAAAAGAAGGAUGAGGCUAUUAGAAAAAAGGUCGAACAAGAACUUACCUCGAAAAAGAAAAGUCGGGCUAAUAGUGGCGCAAAAAAACGUCAAAAUGCACAAAACCAAAAACAAGAUGGAACUGUGGCUUCUUUACGACCAACCCAAGCACUAACUGUUCGGGAAAAUUUUUUGGUAGAAGAAGCAGCACAAUUCAUGGCGGCAAAACGUGCUGAUUGUGUGUUGGUUAUUGAUCAUGAAGAACAUUUAUCGGGAAUUUUCACGGCAAAAGAUUUAGCAUUUCGUGUUGUGGGUGAAGGUUUAGACGCUAGAAAUACCACAGUUGCCAAGAUCAUGACUCAUGAACCUAAAUGUGUUAAACUUGACACAUCAGCUACCUUUGCUCUCGAAACAAUGGUUGAUCGUGGCUUCAGGCAUCUUGUGAAUGGUGACGUUGUUGGUCUACUCGAUAUCACCAAAUGCUUGUAUGAAGCACUCGAUAAAAUGGAACGUGCCUAUGGCUCAUCAAAGAAACUAUAUGAUGCAUUAGAAGGAGUCGAAAAAGAAUGGUCCAACCAACCCACACACCUUGUACAUUAUCUUGGUAUGUUACGUGAUAAAAUGUCAUGUCCCACUUUAGCCACGCUAUUGGACGAGCGUACUCGACAUGUGGAAGUUGGUGUUCGCACAACGGUUCGUGACGCUGCCCGUUUAAUGCGACAAUAUCGUACCACAGCUGUUCUUGUUAUGGAACAUGGUAUGAUUGCCGGUAUCUUCACGAGCAAGGAUAUUGUAUUGAGAGUUAUUGCCGCUGGCCUUGACCCUGCCACAUGUAGUGUAGCCAGAGUCAUGACACCUCACCCGGAUACUGCACCUUCACAUACUAGUAUUCUUGAUGCUUUGAAGAAGAUGUAUGAUGGUCAUUAUCUAAAUCUCCCGGUUGUCGAUGAUGGCCAUAUUUCAGGGAUGAUUGAUGUAUUGAGACUUACAUAUGCAACCAUGGAACAGAUGAAUUCAACCCAAGCUCAAGAUAGUCAUGAAUCUGGAGGUGGUCCCAUGUGGGGUCGCUUCUGGAAUUCAUUUGCCAACGAUGGUGACAAUGAAUCCAUAGUUUCUGAUUCAAUAUCACCAUCACAAAGUGCUUCAAAUGUUCCCCCACCCUCACCGAACUCGCACAUGCGAGGUUCUGGACACAUUUCACCAAUCCCCGAAAUACAUCCCAGUGAAUCAGCAUCAGCAAUCGAUGAUAAUGGCUCAUUAGCAUCCUUCCCUCGUGGCCAUGACGAAAAUUUCUUCACAUUUAAAUUCAAAUCGCCAAGUGGGAAAACGCACCGAUUCACAAUGGACUAUACAAACCUCGACAUGAUUAGACAUCGUGUCGCUUCUCAACUCCCGAAGACCAUAAAAGCAUUCUCUUUAGCAUACGUGGAUGACGACAACGAUCAUGUGUUAAUGUCAAGUGAUGACGAUGUCGUUGAUGCUGUUCGAAUUGCACAACGACAAGGACUUUCGCGUGUGCUUUUACUUGUACAGGAAAUCGACGAAAAGAAACCAGCUUCGAAAUCUAGGGCUUCUCGUGUAUCACAAGAAGAAGACGAAACAGCCUCGGAUCUUAUAGGAAAAAAGAAAAAGAGACGAAGCAGACACUUAGAUCGUGAAAUUGUCGGAAAUAAUAAUCCACUAAAUGACUGGCUAUUACCAGCAGCUGUUGUAACAUUGGCAGCUGCUAUUGUUGGAGUAUUUGCAAUAUCAAAAAUAUCCGGUCGCUAA